AUGGCUCUUGUCCAGCGAAUUCCCAAUUUCUCAUCCAAUUUGCGGAAUUGGAAAACCAAUUCGACAAACCAGAUCCCCAUUUCUUCUCUCCAUUACAAAACCCAAAUCUAUGCUUCUUCUUCUUCUUCGCCCUUCACAGAGAAGCACUCCGCUGAGAGAUACCAGAGGGAUCAAUGGCUGUACAAGGCAUCGACUCCAUCUCCAUCUCCGUCGUCGAACCAAAAAGAUGAAGUCUUUGUCAGGGAAAACGACAUCGCAUCGCAGCUUCCGGAGCUGAAGAAGCUCUUGGCGGUUCUGAAAGAGAAGAGAGGGAAAGGAUGCAGAGGCGGCGAUUGCGGACCGGGAGAUGUGUUUCUAGUCGGGACAGGACCAGGAGAUCCUGAGCUUUUGACUCUUAAAGCUGUCAGAGUCAUUCAAAGCGCCGAUCUUUUGCUUUACGACAGGCUUGUCUCUAAUGAUGUCUUGGACUUGGUCGCUCCUGAUGCUAGGCUUCUCUAUGUCGGCAAAACCGCUGGUUAUCAUAGCAGAACUCAGGAGGAGAUACAUGAACUACUUCUAAAUUUUGCUGAAGCUGGUGCUACGGUUGUGAGGCUUAAAGGUGGAGAUCCUCUGGUUUUUGGACGUGGUGGAGAAGAAAUGGACUUUCUUCAACAACAAGGGAUUCGAGUUCAAGUUAUCCCAGGGAUUACUGCGGCGUCCGGGAUAGCAGCGGAGCUUGGGAUUCCGUUAACGCACCGAGGUGUUGCAACGAGUGUGAGGUUUCUCACUGGCCAUUCUAGGAAAGGAGGGACUGAUCCUCUGUUUGUAGCGGAGAAUGCAGCUGAUCCGGACACAACGCUCGUUGUCUACAUGGGUUUAGGAACAUUACCUUCUCUUGCACAGAAACUGAUGGACCAUGGUCUCCCUUGUGAUACACCAGCUGUUGCGGUUGAACGUGGAACCACCACUCUACAGCGUACGGUUUUUGCUGAGCUUAAAGAUUUUGCAAGUGAGAUUCAGACAGCUGGAUUGGUUUCACCGACGCUUAUUAUCAUAGGGAAAGUCGUCGAGCUCUCGCCUUUAUGGCCACAUUGCACCAAAGAAUCCUCCUGCCUUGUAGAGACCCUUUAG